AUGUCAACGCAAAAUAAAACACGUAAACGUAAGUGGGAUCUUGAUGAUCAAGGAAAAGAAGCGCCACCCUCUUCUUCUACUACUACUAGUGCACCCACACCUAAAUCAAUCAAAAUUGAAACUAGUAGUGACGCUUCUGGCUCUACUGCACCAUCGCCGACUCAUUCUAAUACUUCUGAAAGCGUUGAUCCAAAUAUUGCUGCUGCUGUAGCUGUUGCAAAAAUUAAUGCGAUGCUCGCUGCUAAAGGUAUUCAAGUUCCUAAUAAACCUGUGGCUGUUGCAUCAACAAGAGCAGAGGCCUCAGAAAAUGGUGCAUCCGAGGAACCAAAACACUUAAAGUCUACAAUUAAAGAGUCUGACAUGGAGUUUACACAAGAUAUUACAAUUAAUGAUUGUAAAAAUAGAUACCUUUUAACAAAAGGAGCUACUCAACAAAUGAUUCAAAAAGAAACUGGAGCAGACGUGACAACAAGAGGAAAAUAUUAUCCUGAAAAAAGUCUUGUAACUGAUAAAGAUCCUCCGCUUUAUUUGCAUGUGACAGCACCCAGUAAAGAAUCAUUAGACGCUGCAGUUAAGAAAAUUGAUGAAUUGAUGGAACAAUAUUUUGCUCCUGCUCCACAAACUUCAACUCCACGUCCAUCAGCUUCUCACAUAGCGGGGCGGCAAUUUGUUCAAGAUAAGGUAUUUGUGGGAAUAGAACCUGACCGCACAUUUAAUGCGAGAGCAAAAAUCGUUGGACCACAAGGAGCUUACGUUAAACACAUUCAAGCAGAAACUAGUGCAAAAGUACAAUUGAAAGGUCGAGGUUCUGGUUAUGUUGAGCCUACAUCGGGAACAGAAGCUUUUGAACCACUUCAUAUUCAUAUCACAUGCUGGAGUCAGGAAGGACUUGAGAAGGCAAAAAAAUUAUGUGAAGAUCUUAUUAGUACAGUAAAGUCAGAAUGGGAUAAACAUAAAGCACAACAAGCUACAUACCCUACUUAUGGAAGAUCACCGUAUCCUCCUGCUUCUUCCUUAGCUUCACCAACUUCCACUGCUGCAUCUCAACCGCCUCUUCCAUCUUAUCCACCUGCGACUCCUUCAUCACAAAUAUCUUCUACACCACCUCAACCAAAUUCUUCAACAAAACCUUCUGCUGCUACUACUGCUACUAAUAACAAUAAUAUUGCAUAUAAUAGUAGUAAUUCAUCGAAUUUAUAUUCAACUACAUCAAAUGCUUAUGGUCAAUAUCCAGCAGCGAAUGCUCAAACCACCGCAACUACAUCACCAACAACUGUAAGCUCUGCGGCAACUACAUCACCUUAUUCAACUGCUACUGCCACCACUGCCACUGGUACAGCAAAUACUUCAUCAUCAUCAGCUUACAAUGCUAACGCAACAAGUUCUGCUGCAUCUACAUCAUCAUCUUCAUAUGAAGAUAAAAAACAACCUACAUCUUAUCAUGCAGUUCCACCACCAGACUUCUUAUGA